AUGGCAACAGAAGCGGCCGGGGCCACCGGGCCGGCUUCCACAAACGGCGCAUCGGAGAAGCUCGCUCAGCCCGCGACGGCUUCCGGUGUGAACUUUCCGUGGAGCAACAAAGAUGGCAUUUGGCGUCGUCAAUUGGGCUCUAUGGAGUCUUUCUACCAGAGCUUGGCGUCUCCCGAAGGCUAUCCGGUCCACUGGAUGAUCGGCUGCAGCGUGACACUUCAGAACCAAGACGAGAGCAUUGACAAGGAAGGCUCGAUCCGCAGAGCUUGGAAGAUCGUAGCGAAGGACUUUCCCUGCGCUGGUGCUGUUGUGGAUUCAGCUUCACGUGAGAUCGUAGUUGGCGAAGAUGCCAUCACAGACGAAUGGCUGCAAAAGAGCUUCCUAGUUCACGACGGAACAACCGCCGAUGAACUCUUCUCUGCGUUCAAGAGCCAAUUCCACAUCACGCUCCAUUAUGUUCGAGACUCCAACCAACUUCUACUCCAGUCACCCCACACUCUUAUUGACGGGCGAGGAAUGUUGUACUUGUAUCACGCCCUGUUCACGACACUGGCAGCUCUGCCAGAUGACAACUCUCAGACGCACCACGAGACAUCUGGAGCACCAAACCUUUCUAAGCCGUACGACGACUGGUUGGGGGUCUCGGCUACACCAUCAGAGAAGAACUUUGCCGAUGCGCAGUCCAUCUUCCAGCGUGUUCUGCAACAAGAGAAACCUAUUCGACUACCUGGAGUUGACUUCACAACUACCCCGCAAAGACCAGUCCAUAGAGAUCUCGAGGUAGACGAGAAGACAUCCUCUACAAUCAUCAGUGCGUGCAAGGAAAAGGGGGUCAGCGUUACUUCAGCUUGGCACGCUGCACUUGCUUUGACAACGCAGAAACUCCAGUCGGAAGCUGGUGAAGACGGUUCAUCCUACGUUCAGUUCACCACCAUUGACCUGCGUCGCCAUUUCCCCUCCUCUUUCGUCCCGUACAAGCACUCGAUCGGGUCGCUUCAAACCGCCUUGCCUCUCGCAGCGGACCUCAGCAAGGACAGCACUUUUGAUGCUCUCAGCAAGUCCCUACACCAGCAGUACAAGGCCCCUUUUGCUUUCGCCGACAAUGAUUUUGGGUACCUGACCCCUUACAUGGCUAUGUCGCGACAGAUCCUUGAGAGCGGCGGCGUGCCACCGAGCAGCACGCCGUCUUUGUCCAGCAUGGGAGUUGUUGACGAUUAUCUACAACGCCAGUAUGGAGCUUGGGAGGUGUCCAACUUUUGGGUGAGCUCCACGAUGAUGACUGGUGAUUUCCAGAUGUAUUUGUGGACUUUCCGGGGGAAGCUCACCUUUAGUGUGUGCUACAAUGAGGCAUUUUACAGCGUGGAGAAGGUCGAUCGUGUCCUGCGAAGUACUAGGGAUGAACUACUUCGUGGGUUGACUCAGCUAUAG